AUGAAGCCUAUAGACCUGUCACCAUCUUAUCAGCUGCAGAAGCAACAGAUUCUACUCGAUUUAUUAGAUCAGAUGAUCGAGAAAAGAGCCGUAGAACGAGUGCUCUUGACAGAUUCCCCAGGCUUCUACAACAGGUUAUUCCUGGUUCCGAAGCAGUCUGGGGGAUGGAGGCCUGUCCUAGAUGUCAGCAGUCUGAACCUUUUCGUGAAGAAAGAAAGCUUCAAAAUGGAAACAUCGCAGUCGGUCCUGGGGGCCUUGAGACCAGGGGAUUGGAUGGUGUCAUUGGAUCUCCAAGACGCUUACUUCCAUGUCCCCAUCCAUCCCCAGUCCAGAAGUUUCCUUUCUCAGGUUCAUUUUAAGAGACAGGUCUUCCAGUUCAGAGCUCUAUGCUUCGGACUGAGCACAGCUCCCAUGAUUUUCACUUUUCUCAUGCGGAACGUGGCAAAGUUGCUUCACCUCUCGAAGAUACGAGUCUCCCUUUACCUGGACGAGUGGCUCAUACGGUCGUCAUCGAGAGCAAGGUGUCUGGAGGACCUUCAGACUACGUUACUGUUGGCGAAAUCUUUAGGCCUCCUGAUCAAUUACGAAAAGUCCCAUCUGACCCCAACACAGUCCAUCGUGUAUCUGGGGAUUCAGAUGGAUUCAGUGGCUUUUCGGGCUUUUCCGUCGCUAGAACGUCAGCGGAAAGGCUUAGAAAAAGUGUCAGCCUUCUUGGAGAAGGAAACAUGCUCGGCGAAGGAAUGA